UGGAUAUCAAUCAGUUUUCAUCUAGCGAAGAGUGAGGUCGAAGUCUACCGGAUACACUGAUACUUUAUACAAUAAGUAUGGCAGAAGAAAAGGCCAAACGUUUUAUACAAUCAAGCGAUGUAACUGACGGUCAAGCCUACUGUGCCAACUUUGGCGCACACAAACCCGGAAUGAGUAUGGCAGAGGUUGCCGAGUAUUACUCCAAAUGGGCAGAAGAUUACGAACAUGAUCUAAGCCAAGACAGAUAUCUAGGUCCAUCCUUUGCAUGCAAGGCAGUGUCGGAGGAAUAUCCGCUCACCACCACCGACCGGAAGUCGAUCAGAAUUUUAGAUGUGGCAUGCGGUACUGGCUUUCUAGGAGAAAAGCUGAAGGAAGAGGGCUUCACCUAUGUGGACGGCCUAGACCCGUCUGAUAAGAUGCUGGAUGUAGCCAGGACAAAGGAUUCAUACACAAACUUGUAUUGCGAGUUUAUGUCCGAUGCCACCCUUCCAAUUGAAAAUGAUAAAUACUCCUGUGUCGUCGUUGCCGGAGGAAUGGGGGAGGGACAUAUUCCAUGUGCAGCUGUAACGGAGAUGAUCAGGAUAGUCCAACCGGGGGGUUACGUCAUCAUCGUAAUGAGGGAGGAAUAUCUCACUCACGUGCAGGAAUACAAAGGAAGACUUGAAGAAUGUUUCCUUAAGUUUGAGAAUGACGGGAAAUGGAAACGUUGUUCACGAGAAGUUGUACCCAAGUAUUCGUUUGACAACAACGGAGUGAUAUUUAAGUUCAGGGUGUGUUAGAUUUCGGACGAUAUAUGUAUCAUAUCAUUCCAGUGUUUGCUAACACAAAAGUAACACCGCUUGUAUAUAUUUAUGUUAAAUUAUGGUCAAAUACUUAAAACUGUUGUGAACUCUCCAAACGUCUUUUGAAAUUUUGGCGUUCAUAAAGACAUCAUACAUACUCCAAACACUUUCACUCUGGGUUGAUUAUUGCAUAUACCAAAAUAAGUGAGUGUGAAAUCCCAAAGCUUGAAAUAAUCAUUGCAGCUGUUGAAUAACAAACAAUGAAAUAAACUCGUGUUUUGAUUGGUUGAUAUGGUGACAUUUGACCGGUACUAUUAUAUUCAUUUAUAUAUAUAUAUUUAUGGAAUUAUUGCUUUGAAAAAUAAUAAACUUACUAAUCAUUAUUAAUGAUUAUCAAUAAUCAGCACCUUUAUUUAUCGGGAUAUCAGAGCUCUUGGUAGAAACCUUAUACAGUAGCCUUAACCAAAACGUGAGGGACAUUUGAAAUUCAUUAUUCAAGUACAGAAAAAAAAUGAAAUAAAAUAUAUAUUAGCUAUAUCAACAA